UCCCUUUUCUAUGCCGCAUUUCGUUGCGUCGCACUGAUCGAUUGUAUCGAAUAUCGAUAUUUUUGACGCAUUCUUGAACUGGUGUUAGUGAUCUCAGGCAAUAUGAUUUUUCCUACGGCUGCGUUCUUUCCUCAACGGCAGUUUGAAUAUUUUUACUGUCUAGUUUUGUAGAAAGUUGGUGGUUGCUGUACUUUUUUUAAUAAUUCGAGAGUUUUACGACCCGGUGUCUGGUGUCUGGUGGCAUUUCGCAGGUGACUGCCGAAGGACAGAAGGCAUUUCAAACAGCGGCCCAAGGAACCGGAGUAUUCGAGAGUUUUACGACCCGGUGUCUGGUGGCAUUUCGCAGGUGACUGCCAAGUGGCUGCCGAAGAACAGAAGGCGUUUCAGACAGCGGCCCAGGGAACCGGAGUCAUAAUCAACGCACCGGCCAAAAGCAUCUUCAAGCGGCACAGCAUGGUUACAGAAGGCGUUUCAAACAGCGGCCCAGGGAACCGGAGCAUUCGAAAGUUUUACGACCCGGUGUCUGGUGGCAUUUCGCAGGUGACUGCCGAAGAACAGAAGGCGUUUCAGACAGCGGCCCAGGGAACCGGAGUCAUAAUCAACGCACCGGCCAAAACCAUCUUCAAGCGGCACAGCAUGGUUACAGAAGGCGUUUCAAACAGCGACCCAGGGAACCGGAGCAUUCGAAAGUUUUACGACCCGGUGUCUGGUGGCAUUUCGCAGGUGACUGCCGAAGAACAGAAGGCGUUUCAGACAGCGGCCCAGGGAACCGGAGUCAUAAUCAACGCACCGGCCAAAACCAUCUCCAAGCGGCACAGCAUGGUUACAGAAGGCGUUUCAAACAGCGGCCCAGGGAACCGGAGCAUUCGAAAGUUUUACGACCCGGUGUCUGGUGGCAUUUCGCAGGUGACUGCCGAAGAACAGAAGGCGUUUCAGACAGCGGCCCAGGGAACCGGAGUCAUAAUCAACGCACCGGCCAAAACCAUCUCCAAGCGGCACAGCAUGGUUACAGAAGGCGUUUCAAACAGCGGCCCAGGGAACCGGAGCAUUCGAAAGUUUUACGACCCGGUGUCUGGUGGCAUUUCGCAGGUGACUGCCGAAGAACAGAAGGCGUUUCAAACAGCGGCCCAGGGAACCGGAGUCCUAAUCAACGCACCGACCAAAACCAUCUCCAAGCGGCACAGCAUGGUUACAGAAGGCGUUUCAAACAGCGGCCCAGGGAACCGGAGCAUUCGAAAGUUUUACGACCCGGUGUCUGGUGGCAUUUCGCAGGUGACUGCCGAAGAACAGAAGGCGUUUCAGACAGCGGCCCAGGGAACCGGAGUCCUAAUCAACGCACCGACCAAAACCAUCUCCAAGCGGCACAGCAUGGUUACAGAAGGCGUUUCAAACAGCGGCCCAGGGAACCGGAGCAUUCGAAAGUUUUACGACCCGGUGUCUGGUGGCAUUUCGCAGGUGACUGCCGAAGAACAGAAGGCGUUUCAGACAGUGGCUCAGGGAACCGGAGUCCUAAUCAACGCACCGGCCAAAACCAUCUUCAAGCGGCACAGCAUGGUUACAGAAGGCGUUUCAAACAGCGGCCCAGGGAACCGGAGCAUUCGAAAGUUUUACGACCCGGUGUCUGGUGGCAUUUCGCAGGUGACUGCCGAAGAACAGAAGGCGUUUCAGACAGCGGCCCAGAGAACCGGAGUCAUAAUCAACGCACCGGCCAAAACCAUCUCCAAGCGGCACAGCAUGGUUACAGAAGGCGUUUCAAACAGCGGCCCAGGGAACCGGAGCUUUCGAAAGUCUUACGACCCGGUGUCUGGUGGCAUUUCGCAGGUGACUGCCGAAGAACAGAAGGCGUUUCAAACAGCGGCCCAGGGAACCGGAGUCCUAAUCAACGCACCGGCCGAAACCAUCUCCAAGCGGCACAGCAUGGUUACAGAAGGCGUUUCAAACAGCGGCCCAGGGAACCGGAACAUUCGAAAGUUUUACGACCCGGUGUCUGGUGGCAUUUCGCAGGUGACUGCCGAAGAACAGAAGGCGUUUCAGACAGUGGCCCAGGGAACCGGAGUCAUAAUCAACGCACCGGCCGAAACCAUCUCCAAGCGGCACAGCAUGGAUACAGAAGGUGUUUCAAACAGCGGCCCAGGGAACCGGAGCUUUCGAAAGUCUUACGACCCGGUGUCUGGUGGCAUUUCGCAGGUGACUGCCGAAGAACAGAAGGCGUUUCAAACAGCGGCCCAGGGAACCGGAGUCAUAAUCAACGUCCCUGUCUUGCAGAACGCCAAGAUAAAACCAUCGCCGCCGCAGCUCGGACCAUCACAUUGGCAGCAAAUCGAACCGUAUCCGCAGAAGUCGCUGACUAGGGGGACAACAGGUGCGUACAAGUGCAGCAAUCAUUCGCACCCCAAUCAUACGCUUGACAUCGCCAAAGCGGAGCUGAAAAAAGCUCUCAAAGAAGCCAGCUGCCAAAGUUUGGAAGGGUAUAGAGCUGUUUUUGAUAGGGUGUGCAACAUGACGGAGCACAAAUACGCAGCGGCCCACAUGACGUAUGCAAGUGUUGUAAGCUCCAUGCAAAGCGCUAGAAGUAAAUGUUUCCCGAGGGUACCAAAAUCGGCGAAUGAUUUCCAUAACCUAAUGCAACAAGAAAAAUCAAUAAGCUUCCGUAAUAUUAAUGGGAAGCAAUUUUACCACGGGUGUAAGGAAAACACGUUAUUUUUUGUAGUUCCGGCAACCCUCGAAGCUUUAAGUAAGACAGCAUCGACGGUUUUAUACUUUGAUGGGACAUAUAAAACUAAGCCUUCUAUAUUCAAUCAGCUAUUUAUGGCUUAUGCCGAGCUAGAUCAUAAGGUAUUUCCAUUGGCGUAUAUGCCAUCAGAGCACGGUGCUCCAAACGAGUUGCAGUAUUGCAGCAUAUUGGAGCACCUGCUCUCUAUAAUGCCACCAGUCACAGUUGUUGGAACCGUCACGGACUUUGAGAAGGCGCUUGUCAAGGCGUGUCGUGCGAUUUUCCCUACGGCGACGCAUCAAGGCUGCCUUUUUCAUUUUAAGCAGGCGGUAAGACGGCGGAUUAUAAGUGAUUUACAUGUGCAACCAACUAGCCCGGAGUAUAAACACUAUCGUAUGGCAAUGCAACUUGCCCACCUGCCCCCAUCCAAAAUGGUCGAAGGAGUGGACACGGUUAUCUCCCAUAUCAAACGGAACACUAGCAACCAAGAAAAGGCCGAUUCAUUUGAUAGUUAUCUUCGCAGGACAUGGUUGCGGAAUGUUAGUCCACAUGUGUACUCUACGUACCAUGUGCCAACAACAUCCAACAAUGCCGCGGAGGCCUACCAUUCUAAAAUGCUUGACCAGAUCGGUUUGUCGCCGGCUGCUUGGGUUUUUGUAGAAAAAAAUAUCAACAUGGCGAAUACAACGGAGAUCGACAUUGCACGGGUACAAAACUUACCAUACAAGCGGCAGCAGAGCGAGCGCCAAGAAUUUGUUAAUAUUUGCACUGCUGCGUUUGACAGAGACGGUAAUUUGAGCAAAUUCUUGGAGGCACUAAACUCAAAUAAGAAAAAUGAGAUCUUUGGAUCUCAUCCAAUCGUUGAGAAAGAGCUGCUGGAAGCACUGGACGAUUGCGUUCUGUGCUCAAAGUGCGCAUCGGUAUCAUUAAUACCAUGUAACCAUAAAACAUACUGCGAGGAGUGUGCAUUACCCGCAAUUAUGAAAAAUACAAAAUGCCCAGUAUGUGCAUCCCCAUGGCUCGGGUUUGUGAAAGAUAGCGAUGUACAACUAAAUCUCAACUAGUUUCAAUUUCCCAAAAGCAGUUCGGCUUCCUCUAUCCCAUCCAGUGCGGCUUUGUCCAAACGAAGCAAAAAAGGCAAAGCAACCAUGAUCAGCCGAAAUUCUAUAGCGAACGCUGCGCCU